CCCAUGUGCAACCUUCUGCAAUAUGACAAUGCCAAAUUGUGAUUUAGCGGAGAUUGGAAUGAUUAGUUGGCUGAGGAAGUCAAAGACAACGAUGUGAAGCUUUCUUUAUAUGCAAUUGGAGAAAAUGCACAGAAGUGUCUAGUAUUAAACUAUUAAUCGCGUCCGUGUCCCUCUCAACGCGUAAUGACUGCGAUUAUUAAUAAAAAACAAUCUUCUCUGAGUCUAUUUUUCUGAGAAGUCUCCGAGUCUAUUUUACCUAUCAAUAUUAGUCCACUUGCUGCUAUCUCUUCUACCUACAACCUCAGAUCCGUCUCUUUUCCGUCAUCUGUUCCUACCACUUCCUUCCGUCUUCUCGUCUUCAGUUCUUGUUAUUUGCUUCUUCCUUCAGUUCCUUGCUCGUUGGUUUUAUUAUUUUGAUGGCCUUGAGCACCGAAAGAGCAUCUGGAUCUCGUCCUUCAUCAUCAGCUGAAUCAUCUGCUCCUCAGAGGAAGUAUGAUGUUUUUCUGAGUUUCAGGGGUGAAGACACUCGCAGGACUACUGUCUCCUCUAUCUAUUAUGAAUUGCUAAAAAGAGACAUUAAAACGUUCAUGGAUGAUACAGGGCUCGAAACAGGGAAGCCUAUUUCUCCUAGUCUGCUAACAGCAAUCAAAGAAUCCUGGUCAGCGAUCGUUGUCCUGUCACCAAACUAUGCUUCUUCAUCAUGGUGUUUGCAUGAAUUGGCGAUGAUUAUUGAAUGCAUGGAAGACAAGAACAUGAUAGUUCUCCCAAUUUUUUACGGCGUGCAUCCCUCUGAUGUGAGACAUCAGACAACGAGUUUUGGAGAAGCAUUAACUAGCCACGAAGAAAGAUUCGGGGUAGAGGCUGUGAAUCGGUGGAGAGCUGCUUUAACAAAAGUUGCCAAUCUCUCUGGGUUGGAAUCAAAAAAAUAUGGGUCUGAUCAAGAACUUGUUAAAAAGAUUGUGGAAACUGUGUGCAGUAAAGUGCGACCUAUUGAUAUAGAGUGGGCAAUGUGCACGGGAGAUUUUGUUGCAUUUGAAGCAACAAGACGAGCCAUGGACAACAUAACGAGAGCACUUCAACAUGAUGAGGUCACGACCAUUGGAGUCUUCGGAAUGGGAGGCGUUGGCAAGACAAGCAUGGUGAAGCAUGUCGGUGCACAGGCCCAGAAAAUUGGGCUUUUUAAUCGUGUGAUUAUGGCUGUUGUAUCCCAAACACCCAACUUGAGAAAUAUUCAAGGCACACUGGCCGAUCUGCUGGGCUUAAAAUUGCAGGAGGAGACUAAUGUUGGAAGAGCCACUAGAAUAGUGGCGGAGAUAUUGAGAGGAUAUAAGAUCCUGAUAAUCUUGGACGACAUUUGGGAGAGAAUAGAAUUGUCUAGUAUCGGAAUACCGAACCAUACAGAGCUUCAAAAGCGUGGUUCCAAAAUCAUAUUCACCGCUAGGAGAUUGAAUGUUUGCCAUACCAUGGAGAACCAAGCAAGCAUUCCUCUCCGAGUUUUGUCAGAAGAUGAUGCUUGGGACCUGUUUGUGAAGAAAGCAAGGAAGUCUUUUGAUGAGUCACCCAACUUUUAUGAUGUAGCGAGGACGGUAGCAAAAGAAUGUGCUGGUCUCCCAGUUGCAUUGGUAGCAGUUGCAAGGGCACUUGGAGAUAAAGACUUAUAUGAUUGGAGAGAAGCAGCUCGACGACUAAAGGCUGCUCAACCUGCCAACUAUGAAGAUGAGGGAGAGGUGUUCAGAUGUAUAAAGUUAAGCUAUGAUUACUUGAAACCUGAUGAUGACAACAUUGCCAAGUCAUUCUUCUUGCUUUGCUGUCUAUUCCCUGAAGAUUUUGAUAUCGAGGUCGAAGACUUGUUGGUGUAUGCAAUGGGGAAAGGUAUAUUUCAAGAUGCCCACACAAUACAAGAAGCCAGAGCCAAAGCCCAUUCGGUGGUCAAUUACCUGAAAGCAUCUAGCUUGCUUUUGGACAGUGCAUACGCCGGAUUCGUGAAGAUGCAUGAUGUCAUUCGAGAUGUAGCCAUAUCAAUUUCAUCAUUGGAAGAUGGCCCACGGUUUUUGGUUAAAGCUGGUUGUGAAUUAAGGGAUUGGCCAGCGAUUAAUAUUGCACAUGAAGGCUACUCUGCAAUCUCGCUGAUGAGGAAUGAAAUUCACGAGCUUCCCGAAAAGUUGGUAUGUUCAAAACUCCAGAUUUUAUUACUGCAGAGCAAUAGUAUAAAUGAGAUUCCAAACCCUUUCUUUCAAAGUCCCAGGGAAUUGAGGGUCUUAGAUCUUAGCGAGACUAGUAUUUCGUGUCUACCCUCGUCAUCAAGUCUUCUAACCAACCUCCAGGCUUUGUAUUUAGAUGAAUGCAAGAGAAUAGUUGAUAUAUCCAUACUAGGAAAACUGAAGCACCUUCAGAUUCUUAGUAUGAAGAACCUUGACAUUAUUAAUACGAGAGGAACUCGUCAAAAAGCAUUGCCGAAAGAAAUAGGACGCUUAACCAAGCUUAAGAUGUUGGAUGUUACGGAUGCAUGUUUUGAAACAGUUCCAUCUAAAGUGAUAUCAAACUUGAAUGGAUUAGAAGAAUUGUACAUGAAAUGUAAAUUUUCUGACUGGGGCAGUAGAAUAGUUGAGGGCAGCAGUUUAUUUUCUUCUGUUUUUGGCACUGCCAAGAAUGCUAGCUUUGAUGAGUUAACAAGCUUAUCACGCUUAAGCAGUUUGAAAGUUCACAUAUCUGAUGUAGAAUGCUUGCCCCGAAAAGUUAGAUUCAAUCCCAAUUGGUUCAACUUUGAUAUAUGUAUCAGCAGAAAAGAAUUUAUGAGACAGUCCUAUUACGGACGCUUUUUCGAGAGGAAACUAACUGUCAAGUCGGAUCCACGCCAACAUCUCUUUCGGUAUGUGACUCUGAACACAAGCAUGAAGAGUUUACCAGAUUGGUUUAUCAAUGCCGUGACAGAGAAAGCAGAGAUACUGGAGUACAUAGGGUACGGUGGCUUAGAGAACUCAUAUGGACAUUUGGACAUUCUAGAGGAAUACGACCUUGGGAGAUUACAUGUACUGAAGUGUCUCGCUGUAAUUGAUUGCCGUCUGUAUGGAGCGUUGACGAACCCAUUAACAAGGGUUCUAAAUACACCUGUGUUUGAGAGCUUGAUAGAAUUGUAUCUGGAAGGAGUCCAUGGCCUGCGGAUGUUAUGUGAUGGUGAGUUACCACCUGGGUCUCUGUGCAAUCUUAAGUUGUUAAGUGUGAGAAAUUGCCUGGAAUUGGCGUUUGCACUUUUACGUCCAAAUUUGUUGCGAAGGCUACAAAAUCUGGAAACACUACAUUUCGAGAAGACGGAGGAUGCGAGAGAAACCGCCAAAAUGGAAUAUGUGUUUGGAUUUUUAUGGCUGGAGCCAGAACAAAAUGUCUUACCAAAACUGAGAGAGAUAACAUUAUGUCAUCUUGUGAACCUCAGAAGCAUAUGCAAUGAUCAUCCUCCUAAUGGAGCCUUCCGUAAUCUUAACAGUCUGGCAAUUCGGGGCUGCCGCAAACUGAAAUAUCUGUUCGAGGACAAUGCAGCUCAAUCUCUUUUCCAAUUGGAACUCCUUUGGGUGGAGUGCUCUGACCUGGAAACGGUUAUUGAAUCAAGACAGGAAACAGAGAUCAACAACCUUGUUUUUCCAAAAUUGAAGGAAUUAUAUUUAAAUAGUCUUCCACAUCUCACAGGGAUCUACAGACAAAAGACGGUUGUGUGCCCUUCAUUGGAACACUUGUACGUGUACAGUUGUCCCGGACUUGCAAACCUUGCUGCUUCUGACUUCCAAAGCAAGAACCACGUCCAAGCCAAUAAUUAUAUUAUUAUACUAUAUACUAAAGGAGGAUACACUGUGCUACUGUUCAUUCCAGGCGUUACUGUUCAUAGGAGCCCCAAUUGAAUGACGCUUUUGACCUUCUCUUCUUCUUCUAAUUACCGGUUGCCAUGCUUCUAUACGUUUCCAGACGUCUCCAUAUGAGGCAACCGACCUCAUAUUUUUUCAGGAGUCUCUAUCUUGAGGCAAUAUAGAGAACUGGGUCUGCUUCCACCGACCUCUGCAACCGACUCCAACCUUCGUCUCAUCGACUAUAUCUCUUUCUCUUCUACUGUUACACCCAAAUAUCCUUAUUAAACCAAGCGUUGCAACCGACCUCUGCUUCCACGGACUUCAACCUUCGUCUCAUCGACUGUAUCUCUUUCUCUUCUACUGUUACACCCAAAUACCCAAAUUGCAGCUCCCAAUCAGGCAGCCUUUAUCCAAAUCGAGCUUCAUAUUCAACCGACCUCGGCGGGGGAAUUGAAAUCACAGUAAGAAUUUGAGAUGGCAGCUGAGAAUGCCAGGAGAGGGAUAAAGAGGUUCUUGGAACAAUCCACAAGUGAUCGAGUUGAUCAAGGAGAAUCUAAAUGUAGUUGUGUCAAAUCAAAGAGAUUGAAAACAAUAUUUCAUCCAGAAAUUGCUGGAGGAUCUAAUGAAUGUCAGAAUGAAAUGCAAUCAGGAGAUGAUGAUCAAAAUGUCAGUCAAGCAACAGCAAACCCCGCAGCAAAGCGCGGGCACUAUUGCUAGUGAAGGACAUUUUGCAAUCAUAUUUGAACGAUUGUUCCACCGUCAAUUCAAUCCAGAAGAGUUUCCUCAGUUCUUCUCCAAAAAAGAAAGAGAUUUCUCAGUUGGCUCUUAAAUAGCAUCUCUCUUGUAUUGGUGAAUUUGAAGAGACAUAGAAGAAACUUGUUUAGAGUCAUUCAUAUCAGUACGGAGCAACUCGUGAACAGGAACUAGACUGAUGAACUGAUCUUUUGGAGAAAUGGAAGCAACUAAUGUGUUUAAACUUCAAUGUGAAGGUAAGUUUGAUAGAGACUAGAACUAGAAGAACACAGUUUCACCAGAAUCAUUACCGCCUAGAUUUACUGCAAUAAAAUGUGCUACUGACAGCAACUCAUUUUUCUCUUUCUAUAUGCACAGUGUACAUCAGAAAAAUUAGCCUUCUAUAUGUAAGGGAUUGUAAGCAUUUAAAAGAUUCGUCUCGGGGAAAAAUUAUACAGAACAAUAAGAUGUGUGUCCUGCUAGUUUA